CCAUUCCGACCGCAGCAUAGCGACCGAGCUUGACUACGGGGGAGAACCGCACACAGCCACUUAAAGGAAAACACAACAUUUGGAAACAAAUGAGAAAGAAACGCGCUACUUUUUCCAAAGAAAUUGCCGAAAUGCACCGGAGGUGAUAGGAAUGCAUCGGCAAAACACGAAGAUACGGAAAACGUUUGUGUGGAGUAACUAACUGUGUGCGGUGCCUAUAUACAACGAGCUUUUGGGCUAACAGGCUAGCACAGUUGUCGCUAAAACAUGGUGGGCAGACACUGAGCGAAAACCCCCCACCAUAGACUCGCUCAUAUGUGGAGACUACUGGAAAAUUAGCUAUAUUUUCUGCUCGGAGGGAAUUGUGUGGACUUUAAAAUCGACUUUCGACUUCUUUUUCUUGGAGGAAAACUCUCGCGCACGACCUUUGAAAGUUUUUUGACGUCUCGCGCAAGUUAACCGUCCAUCAAUCUCCGCGAGUAAAGAUGAUUGACUGUUUGAUGUAGUGCGUACUCGACCGAGAAUGCACAAGAAACGAGGAGUUUCUGAACAUAAAAGCGCAACUCCUGCGGCAAAGUUACGCGAUUCAGAGCAUCACACCCUCGUCCAUUCAUUUAACAGCGUUUGCUCGUGGAAACAAUGCUCGGUAUAGCCUGCACGAAUUGAACUGGAAUAUUGGAACACGUAUGAUAUGGAAUACAUCUGUCAGUGGUUAAUUAAUGGCACUUUCCCUAUGCGUGGGGUUUAACUUUUUUGGACUAACUUAGUCCACGCAAAGCAACACAUGGUUUGCUUUCAAAUCAACUUAGAAGACUUACAGAGAAAAUUACAUGGAGACUAGUUGGUCAUGCCAAGGAAGGAGUUACCAUUGCCAGAGGGUUGGGAAGAGGCCCGAGAUUUUGACGGGAAGGUCUAUUAUAUAGACCAUAUAAAUCAAGCCACCAGUUGGAUUGACCCAAGGGAUAGGCAGACUAAGCCUCUGACUUUUGCUGACUGUAUUGGAGAUGAGCUGCCUGUGGGAUGGGAGGAGGCCCACGACCCCCACGUUGGAGCCUAUUAUGUCGACCACAAUACCAAGAGCACCCAGUUGGAGGAUCCACGGGCUCAGUGGCAGCGGGAGCAGGAGCUCAUGUUGCGGGAUUAUCUGAGCGUGGUUCAGGAUGCGUUGAGCGCCCAAAAGGAGAUCUACCAGGUCAAAGAACAGCGACUUCACCUGGCCCAGCAGGAAUAUCGGCAGCUAAAUGAUGCUUGGAGGGACAAGGCGGCCUCACAGACCAGCCUAAAUUCCAGAUCCUCAUCAAGCAGUAAAUAUGACCCUGAAAUCCUCAAAGCGGAGAUUGUUACAGCAAAAAGCCGGGUAAAUAAGCUGAAGAGAGAUUUGGCCUUUAUGAGGCAAGAACUGCUUUAUAAGGAGCAAGGCUUUGAGACGUUGAAAGAAAUUGAUCACAAAGUGUCCAGUGCCUCGCAUGGCUACAAACUGCAUGAAGCCCAGGCCAUCCUGAAGGAGGUGAAGACCAUUAAAGAUGCCAUCAGCUCUGGGGAGAAGGAGAAACAGGAGCUCAUGCGGAAACUGGCUGUGCUGAAGGAUGAUUUCCAGUUAGAUUAUGGCUCUCAGUCUGACCUGUGGGCCAGCAAUCCGUCCCUGGCCAACUCAAACCUCUCUCUGCCCCGUGUCUACUCGGACGCCGGGUCUCAAACAGACAUCCCUGCUGAGUUUGUAUCAAGCUCAAAUAAACUGGCUGAGAAGGUACGACUGAGCCUGAAAUAUGAGGAGGCGAAAAGAAGGAUUGCAAAUAUUGAGGUCCAGAUUGCUAAGCUGGAUAGCGAGGCAUGGCCGGGCCUGCUGGACCCGGAGAGAGAUCGCUUAAUCCUCAUCAACGAGAAGGAAGAGCUGCUAAAGGAACUGCAGUAUGUAAAGCCGCGCAAGCGCGCACCCAGCGAGGCAGAGAAGAUCGAAUCUGAAAAGAAACGACUCGAGAAGGACCUGCAAGCUGCACGGGACAACCAGAGCAAAGCACUGACCGAGAGGUUGAGGCUGCACUAUAGGAGAAACAAACUAGUGAAGGAGCUGGAGGAGACAGUGAGGUUGGCGUCUUCCCUGCACACCCAGCUGAAAAGUCUGUCCGCCAGCACGCUGUCAUGUUCCUCGGGCAGCAGCCGUGGAUCGCUGACUUCCAGCCGAGGAUCCCUGGCCACCUCCAGCUUGGGCUCCACUUCCUCUCUCAGCUUCACCGACAUCUACCUGGAGCAGCCCGAAUUGGGCGACCCUGACUUCCAGGACAAACUGGACUAUAUUUUGCAGGAUGGAAGCGCCUCUGGUUACAGGCCUUCCAGUUCAAUCACCACCAUCCAUGAGAAUGAGGUCUCCUCAUCCUCCGGGCAGGUGGGCGGCGGGUCGGGGGUGGCCCAGAGAACACAAGUGCUGAGGCUUUCGGAGACCCCUCACUCCAUGAGCUCCCUGUCCCCGCGUUCCUCGCUGUCUUCCCUCUCUCCUCCUUGCUCGCCCCUUGUUACUGAUGCUUCCUUCCUGUCAGGAGAGGCCUUUUCUGGCCCGGCCUCACAGUUGGAUUUAGAUCUGCAAACCAGGCUGAUGGAGCUCCGGCUAGAAGAGGACCAGCAGCAGGGGCAGCUGGCUUACCGUGACAACAAACAAGACAGCAUUAUGGCCGCAGUAGAGUCUUCGAAAGAUUCUGUUACGCAAACGAGGGUGUCCGCGCCUGGACCGAAGAAGGCGGGAGUAACGUCGGCAGUGUCUGACGAAUCGGUUGCAGGUGACAGUGGGGUGUACGAACCCUCAGAGAAAAGGCCUGGGCUUCCUGUCGAGCAGCUGCUGGGUUAUGAUGACGUGAGCUCGGCGAGCAGCGCUCAGAUCCAACUCGGCCUGAAGUAUGAAGCGAAAGAGAAGAGGUUCACAGUGUUCGUAAUGCAGCUGUCCAACUAUAGCGCGCUCUCCCUGCCAGCCAACCAGAACAUAUAUGUUCGUGUGGUGGUGCUGCCGUGCUCUGAGCCCGUUCGCUGUUUGUUCCGCACCCACGGCGCUCUUCCGCAGGAACCCGUAGAGCUCAAGGAAGCGUUUAGCCUGCAGAUGUCCUCCACUGCUCUCAGACAGAAGACCCUACGCAUUGAUGUCUGUACCACCAGCAAAUCUGGCCGAGAAGACUGUCUAGCUGGUGCUCAGAUCAGUUUGGCUGAUGAGGAGUAUUCAGAGGAGUGGUGCACCAAGUGGUACAACCUCCUCAACUGCACGUACAUGCCAGAAAUGGAUAGAAAGCACAAGGAAACAGAGGUCUCCGCUCAGCAGGAGCUGGCUUCAGCUCCCAGCACCUCAGAGACCGCCACUGCACACCUGGAGAACGUUCCUGUGGAGGACUGGCCCACAGAGGCAUUAGAUGGUGACGUGUUUGUGGAUGGAGAAGGUAGUGAUGUUGAGGAGGGUGAGGAGUUCUAUCCCGAUGAAUGCCCGUGGGAACAGGAGGAAGAGCCGGUUAAACUUGGACCAACAGCAGUGAUAACGGAAAAGGUGAAUAAGGAGACAAGUGUGGACGGACUCCCCCAUUCUGCUUCUGUAGUUCGGCCCAAGGAGCGACGACACGAUGUUCAUCAGCAAAACCCUUUCAUGAGAGGGAACACCAUCAUACGGUCCAAGACAUUUUCACCUGGACCUCAGAGCCAGUAUAUCUGCAGGAUCAACCGCAGCGACAGUGACAGCUCCACCCUUUCUAAGAAAUCUCCAUUCGUCCGGAACGCUUCUGAGAGACGCAGUGUUCGAAUGAAGAAGCCACCAAUGCAGAUCAAAGGUCUGGACGGGCUUCUGCGCACCUCUCUGGAUCUGGAGUUAGACUUGCAGGUGACUCGCACACGGCAAAGCCGACUGAACGAGGAACUGCGUGUGCUGCGGGAGCUAAAGGAGCAGUUGGAGAACGCCCGUCUGAAGGGCCAGCACGUCCUCCCCGCAUGGGUACAGGAGGACGAGCGCUUUCGUCUGCUGCUCAAACAUGCAGAGAGACAGACCCAGGAAGAGCAGCUACAGGAACAGAGGGUAGAGAAGAUGAUGCGAGCGGCGGCCAAGGAUGUGCACAAGAUCCGUGGACAGAGCCUCAAGGAGGUCCCUGGAGUCCAGUCCUUUAGAGAAAAGAUGGCCUUCUUCACCAGAGCGAAGAUAAACGUUCCUGACCUACCAGCCGACGACGUGUAGAAGAUAUUCUUCUCAACUGCUUUUGUUUCCAUGGAGACAAAACUGACAUCUGGCAGUAUUAUGAAUAAUGAAGAAUGGUGUGACAGGAAAAUGUAUGUUGGGCAGGAAAAAUGUCAUUUUAAAACACUGGGUUGUAACUCUCAAAACUGAAAUUGUAUAGAUCCGUGUUUUUUUUUUUUUAGAUAGAUUUAUUUUUGAAAUUUCACCAUGUUCUGUUACUAACAAGAGUAUGUCAGUAUCUGUUCUA